ACGAUUUUGACGUUUUAUCAAGGUAUUUCCUCCAGCUCCGAGGAAAGUGUCUGCUGAAAAAAAAGUGAUUUCUUUCUUCGAGUGACACAAGUACCAGUUGCAAUACAUACCUUGGCUAUAACUCUCGCGUUCAGAGUUUAUUUCUGAAACGGUGACCGCAGUCAAUCUGUAUGCAACUGUUACGCGUUGCCUCGACCAUGUCUUACCAAGGAUCACCAUAUUCGGGUCCAGGAGACGAGUACGACUUUGAGGACGAUGGAUACGACGAUAUAGACGAGUACAGGGAUCCAGAAGAUACGCUACAGCAGCCGCCUGCGGAAGACAGCGAUGAAGAUACAGAAGAAGCAAGUGAAACAGACAUACCCAACAAUGAUGAACCUGUUGAAAUUAAAGAACAGAUGUACCAAGACAAACUGGUGAACCUAAAAAAGCAGCUGCAGCAACUGGAAGACAACAUACACCCAGAGUUCCUCAAGAGGGUGAAGCGUUUAGAGCAUCAGCUACACGAGAGGCUCCGCAUUAACAGGAUAUACAAAGAUCACAUGUACGACGUAGUGGAGAGGGAGUACAUAGCGGAGAAAAAAUCGGCGGCGAAAGAGUUUGAAGAGAAAAAGAUAGAGUUGAGGGAGAACUUGCUCAAUGACUUUGAGGAGAAGAGGAAGUUGAUUGAGAGUGAGCGGCAUAGCAUGGAGCUGAAUGGAGAUUCAAUAGAGGUCAAACCACCUAUGAAAAGGAUACUAAGGCGGCGCGCAAACGAACCUGCACCGGCGCCGGAAAAGCGACGCAAACCGCCCGCAACCAUGCUCACCUUCCAACUAGACGAGAGGGAUAUUGAUGCGGAUCUGAGGGCGAUUUCGAGGAACUCACCCCCGCCCAGACAUCACACUAACCACCAACCCAGGAAACAUCUCAACUCAAAUAGCUGUGACUCGCCCAUACGGGAGAGCGGGGCGAGUAGCGGAACGGGCAGCGGUGCGGGUACGGCGUCGAGCGGCGCGGGCAGCGGGGCGGCGAGCGAGGCGGAGACGCGCGUAGAGGACGGCAAACUACUGUACGAGCGACGCUGGUUCCAUCGCGGACAGAGCGUGUACGUGGAGGGCAGGGACAUGCCGCGCUUUCCCGCGCACAUACACGCCAUCACCGACGAGGCGAUAUGGGUAAAGAAAACAAACCUGGAGCGAGUUCGGAUAUACGUGUCACAGUUAGCGCGCGGGAAAGUGACGUUAAAACGACGGGCCUCGUAAUUUAGGUUAAUUACUAGCUAAUAGGUAUACUAAGUACCCUCACGUUUAGUGUCAAUAGUCAAUCAAUAUAUUAUCUGUAACCUGUCGAUAAGUUACUUAGCAAUGUUGUUAUUCGCAAGAAAGACCACACAAUUUUGUUAUUAUUUAUCAAUGUUAAUAUGUAACUUAACGACAAAUUAAAGGUGAAUUGAUUAGAAACCUAAGAUUAGUACCAGUUCGCACAUUUCGAUAACGAAACUCUGUAAUGUUAAAGUGUUAUGAACCUAAAGCGCUUUGUAUUACAGUCAUCUAUACGUUUGUAUUCUAUAAAGUUUUUUAGUACGAGUACGAGUUUUUUUUAUACCGUAUACAUCGAAAGCCAGCCUGGUUUUCGAUGUAUACGGUAUACGAUAAAUGAACUUAUGUCUUAUGUCUUAAAGUCCAAUUUACUUUGACAGUUGUAGUGUUUGUGCUGUCGAGAUGUGCGAACUCGUACUAACUCAAUCUAAGUGCGGUGUGAAUCGGUGAGCGAAACCCUAAGUACAUGCUAGAUUAUAUACAUAAUAUGAUGCAUUUUUAAUUUAUACUGUGUGAAGUGCCAAGAAUGAGUUAUAUACUAUAUGGAAAGUAGCAAUAUAAUACAUAUUUUGAUGAGAUCGUCGUGCGACAAUUUUUUUUGUUAUUCAUAAAAUGAGAUAAGAACUGAACUAAGUAGUCAUUUCUUAUCUCAUCUUUAAGGGUAUUCGCAUCUUUUUCUUACCAAUGUAAUAAGAAAAGGACAGACAAACUUAAUUAGAACUGUCAAACCUUGUGACUUAAUUAAUUAGUUUGGAGAAAGACAAUAGAAUCGGCGCCAUUGUCUAAAAUGGACCGUCUGAUAUAACCGUAACGAUGCUCAUAUAGAGCAAAUAAAUAAAUAUAAUGUGUAAAAAAUGAGUUCUGACGCGCCAUUUUAACUUUAUGACAAAUGUCAUGUCAAAAGUAUGAUUUUAGUCCUUAUUUUUUAAGGUGAACCGUACUUUGACGUGACAGUUGACCCAUAGAGUUAAAAUGGGGCGUCAGAAGUCAUUUUCUACAGACUAUACAAUAAAUUAUCUAUCCAGUGACUGACUUUAUUUUUAUUUUUUUAAUGUAAUUUUGGAUGGAUCGUCGUAUGCGUGUGUUCUAACAAUAUUGAUCUCUACGUGUGCGUGGAAAAUUUAUUAUACAUAAAAAAUGCACGUGACAUCAUUAUCAUAAAAUACUUUGAUUCAAAAAUAAUUGUAUAUUUUGUAUACAUUUUUGACAAAUCGUAAAUCGAAUAUUCCUAUAAACUACUCGUAAGUAUUGAAAACUUCUUAUACUGGUUAACUAUACAAUUUAUUUAAUUGUCUCUAUAGGUAAGGGCGCAUGUAAUUUUUUAGCUCUUUUCUUUGGUUUACUUUUGUAAACAAAUGUUUCUAUGGAUUUACUUAUUCUGGUAAUUCCUAGUAUAAUAAUAAUUAACAAUCAAUUCUAUAAUUCAAUCGAAAUUUUAAAAAAAACAAACUAAAGUAAAUAAAAUCUAAAACCUCAUCGAGACCACCGCAGGGAGGUAUUAUACUAACAGAAUUGCUCCUUUGGAUGGCCAAACUAAUUCUUUGUCCAAGGUUAACUGAUUGAAACUAAAUAUUCGAUUUUUCUGGCCCCAACGAUGAACUUCCCUUUUACAAUAUAAAAAAAUUAAAUAACAGAUUAUUCUAUUAGUUAUGAUCUUCCAACGUUAUACUCGGCAGUAAAUAUUAAGCUUUAGGAAGAAAUAAUCGGCAGCUUCAGCUUUGUAGAGCGUCGUCUCUUUCAUUGAGACUAACAAGGCAGCUACCAGCGGUACCUUCCACAAAGACGCGCUGCGGCCUAAAAUGAAAUAAACGCCUCUUUCUAUCGCGUAACUUUUAUCUCUCUCGCUCUCGCUCAUACGUGAUGUGUUGAGUUACGUGAGAGCCGUCGAAGGGGCUCGCUAAUGUAAUAAGUACAUUGCUCGGGUUACAUGACCAAGUGAGACCGGCGCGGCGUGACUUCACAUAGGUGUGAGUGACAGAGACGACGCUCUACGAAACCGAAACUGCCGAUUAUCUCUCUCUAAAACUCGAAUGUUAUUGCUGGGAACUGUAUUUCGGCUAAUCAAAAACGUAUUAGACAGGACUAAAAGUAAUGCCAUCCUUUUCACAACAUUCCAAUUAGAAAAGUAAGACAUGAUUUUUAGUCCUAGAAAAUGUUGUGUACCAGGGACCGAAUUACUGGUAUUUUGUUUUGUAACGAUACUUUAGUAUCGUUAUGUUAACGUUAAAAAGUAACGAUAACCGUACAUACAUUGACGUUAUCUAGGCAGGUACCAUUAUUAAUACCUGUAAGAGUAACAAUAUUAAUACCUACCGGUAAUUAAAUUAUAAACCAAGGGUUAAAAAGUUAAAUGUGUCUUUGCUCUAACCGCAGUAUUGUAAAAAUGUAAAUAUUUGUAAAUACUUUGUAAUUAAAGUGAUCAAAUCCCGCGUAUUGUACAUAAAUGAUUUUGUAAUGCGCCUUUAUUUUUUGUAACUUUGUGAUCAAAUUAUGUAUGUGUAAAUGUGUGACAGAUUGUAAAUACGUAAGAGAUGAAAUGACCGCUUAUUGUUAUAGAUGAUAUUUGAGGAAAAGAUCUUUUAAUUAUAUGUAUUAUAACAGA